CCAUAGUUGAACCCCUCACUGAAUUAGAUUUAGUAACCGCAGUGGCUAAACUAAUCGCUAAACUAAAAGGGGGAACCGAUUUAGAUAGCCGCUUAGAAUUUUUAAUUGCUUACCGGGAUGCUCCGGCUAACUCCCUUAAAAAGCAAGCCUACACCGCCGUAAAUAAUUACCAGACCCAAGUAGAGCAAUUAAUUAAGCGUUUACAAACUCAAAAAAAUAAACGCAAAAGUUCACUCCAAGAAUUAGUUUCGGCUAAAAGCGAAGCCGAACUAAAUCAGGCUUACCAACUAAUUCAGCAAGACCCUCAACUCACUAGCCCUUCCCCUACUCCCUCUGCUUCCCAAUUAGCCCAAUUACUUCGCACCAUAGUGGGAAGUGAUAGUCCUAAAAAUGAUUUAGUUAAUUUAAGCACUAAAAUCAAACUCUAUUCCACUGCUUCUGACCCCGAAAAAUCUACUCUUUACCAACAAUACGGUGCAGUGAUUGACCAACUAGACCAAGAAAUCCAAGCUGAACUAACUCGCCGCCAAGAAGCGGAAGAGGAACAAAGAGAUACCCCCACUUCCCCUUCCACCCCUCCCCCUUCUUCCGGAAUGG